CUCCAAGUAAACUCUCAUCUCUCUUUGUCUGAAUAAAAAAAAAAAGGAGAGGAGGAAGAAGAAGAGAAGAAGAUAAGGGAGGAAGAGAUAAUUCAAAAAAACCCUAAACCAACAAACUCCAAUGUCUUCCUCCACUCUCCAAGCCUCUCUUCUCCUUCGUUCUCCUCCUCUUCAUUCUUCUUCCUUCAAACCUCAUCGUCCUUUUUCUCUACGUUUCAAUCCUCAAUCUCUCUCCAGUUUCUACCGUCUCUCUUCAGUUCUUCAAUUUCACCCCCUUCCUUGCUCACUCCGCCAAGACAAUGUCGCUUCCGAUUCCGAUUUCCUUCCCAAGGACUCCGGCGAGGUUACGGAUUCUACAGAGAGUAGAUUGGUUCAGGAACCAGAGACGAGCUAUGGAGAAGAAGACUCAAAGGAGAAGGAGAAGAAGAAGAAGAAGUUUCAGAUAGUGGUGUUGGUGAUGGGAGUAUGGGCAGCCAUAAAGAGAGCUAUAGAGAAGCUUAUGGAAUGGGAGUGGCUCACCUGGUGGCCUUUCUCUCGCCAAGAGAAGCGUCUCCAGAAACUCAUCGCAGAGGCUGAUGCUAAUCCCAAGGAUGCUGCUUUGCAAGGAGCUUUAUUAGCUGAGCUCAACAAGCACAUUCCUGAGGCUGUAGUUCAACGGUUUGAACAAAGGGAACACGCAGUGGAUAGUAGAGGAGUUGCUGAAUACAUUCGAGCUCUUGUUAUUACUAAUGCUAUUGCUGAGUAUCUUCCUGAUGACCAAACCGGGAAGCCAUCUACUCUUCCCACACUGCUGCAAGAGCUGAAGCAUCGUGCAUCAGGGGAUAUGGACGAAUCAUUUGUGAACCCUGGUAUAUCUGAGAGGCAACCAUUGCAUGUCACCAUGGUUAAUCCGAAAGUUUCAAAUAAAUCCAGAUUUGCUCAAGAGCUUGUCUCUACGAUCUUGUUCACAGUUGCUGUGGGAGUUGUGUGGUAUUUGUUAAUGGGUGCAGCUGCUCUGCAAAAGUAUAUUGGGAGCCUGGGAGGGAUUGGAACUUCGGGUGUUGGUUCAAGUUCUUCAUAUUCCACAAAAGAGGUUAACAAAGAAAUAACGCCAGAAAAGAAUGUCAAGACAUUUAAGGAUGUGAAGGGUUGUGAUGAUGCAAAACAAGAGCUUGAGGAGGUGGUAGAGUAUCUUAAAAAUCCAUCAAAGUUUACCCGUCUUGGAGGAAAGUUGCCAAAGGGUAUUCUUCUUACGGGGGCACCUGGUACUGGAAAGACAUUGCUGGCUAAAGCCAUUGCUGGAGAAGCUGGAGUACCCUUCUUCUAUAGAGCUGGAUCGGAAUUUGAAGAGAUGUUUGUUGGGGUAGGAGCACGGCGUGUGAGAUCCUUGUUUCAGGCAGCUAAGAAAAAGGCGCCAUGUAUCAUUUUCAUUGAUGAAAUUGAUGCUGUUGGGUCCACUAGGAAACAAUGGGAAGGGCAUACAAAGAAGACAUUGCAUCAACUACUUGUCGAAAUGGAUGGUUUUGAGCAGAAUGAGGGAAUAAUAGUUAUGGCUGCUACGAACUUGGCUGAUAUACUUGAUCCGGCGCUGACAAGACCGGGUAGAUUCGAUAGGCAUAUUGUCGUUCCAAGUCCGGAUGUCCGUGGACGCCAAGAGAUUUUGGAACUCUACCUCCAAGGCAAACCUAUGUCAGAUGAUGUGGAUGUUAAAGCAAUUGCUCGUGGAACUCCUGGAUUCAAUGGUGCUGAUCUUGCAAACCUGGUUAAUAUUGCUGCCAUAAAGGCAGCUGUUGAAGGGGCUGAGAAGCUAUCUGCUGAACAGUUGGAGUUCGCAAAGGACCGAAUAGUUAUGGGCACAGAGAGGAAGACGAUGUUCGUAUCAGAGGACUCGAAAAAGCUCACUGCCUACCAUGAAAGUGGUCAUGCUAUUGUCGCUUUGAACACGAAAGGUGCACACCCGAUCCACAAAGCGACAAUAGUGCCGCGUGGAUCUGCCUUGGGAAUGGUUACGCAGCUACCUUCAAAUGAUGAAACAUCAGUUAGCAAAAGGCAGUUAUUAGCUCGUCUUGAUGUAUGUAUGGGAGGAAGAGUCGCUGAGGAGCUUAUCUUUGGCGAGGACCAUAUCACUACUGGAGCAAGUAGCGAUCUCUCCCAGGCCACAGAACUUGCUCAAUAUAUGGUAUCGAGCUGUGGGAUGAGUGAGGCAAUAGGACCAGUUCAUAUAAAAGAAAGACCAAGUUCUGAAAUGCAGUCACGCAUCGAUGCAGAGGUUGUGAAACUUCUUCGAGAGGCAUACGAGCGAGUGAAAUCUCUCUUGAAACGGCAUGAGAAGCAGCUACACACGUUAGCAAACGCACUUCUGGAGUAUGAAACACUAACCGCAGAGGACAUAAAGCGUAUUCUCCUUCCAAAACAAGAAAUAGACAAGCUACAAGAGAAACAACAAGAAGAAGGAGAUUUGGUAUUGGCCUAG